AUGCAUUCUCCAUAUUCGCCAUCAGUUAAGAAGGGGCAAGGUCUCCCUGAAAAACAUACUAGUUUGCAAGUGAGUUCAAGUGUUGAUGCAAAUAAUACGGAUCAUUCAUUAUUAACUCCACCAACAUCACAACCAACUACUACUACAACAACAACUUUUCAAAAUUUUACAUCAUCACCUUUAUUACUUACAUUUAAUCAACAACUGCCUAAACAAAAACAAACAAAUUCACCAAAUCAUCCAGAUUAUUAUAAUGCUAAUUUAAAUAAAGCACAAUUUAAUUCAAUCUUAGUAAAUUGUACAUCAAAUUUAUUAAAAAUUCUUUAUACAAACCAUUCAAUAUCAACAAAUUCAUCAUUUAAUGAAAAAGAAAUUAAAUUAUUUAUAAUUGAGAUUUUAAAAAGAUCAAAAACUUCAAUACAAUCAUUACAAUUAACUUGUUUUUAUAUUUAUAAAUUAAUUAAUUCAUUUGCAACAACAUCCGAAAAACAAGAACCAAUUAAAAUUAGUGUCAAAAAUUUAUUUUUAGGAUUAAUUAUUAUAUCAUCAAAAUUUAAUCAAGAUUAUAAUUAUUCAUUUAAAUCAUGGUGUAAAAUUUGUGGAUUAAAAAUUGAUUCACCAACGAAAUUAAAAGAAAAUAUCAGGAUUUUAAAAGAUAUUGAAUUUUACCUUUUGAAAAUUUUAAAUUUUGAAUUAUUUUUAAAUGGUGAAAAAUAUGAAAAUUGGUGUAAUAUUUUAUUUAUUUUUGGAUUUGAUUUUAUAAAAUUUCAAAAAUUACAAUCAAAUUUACAAUCAUUAGAAAAUACUACAGUUUCUAAAGAAAUUAAAGACGGAAAAGAUUCCAUAAUUGAAUGGGAUUUAGAUAAUUUUUCCAAUAUAACAAAAUUAAAUAAAUGGUUCAAAUUUUUUAAUAAUUUAAAAAUUGAAAAUUUAAAUUUAAUAAAGAUAAGUUUUGAAAGUUUUUAUAAUUCAAAAAUUGGUGAAAAAAUUUUUUAUGUUAAUGAUGUAACUAAUAAUGAAGUAAUUAGCAAGAAGAGAUGUAUUGAUGAUAAUGAACAUACUUAUAAUAAUGUUGGUGUGUUUAAUCGAGUUAAAAAAAUUAAAGUUUAA